AUGGAGCCCGAGUUCCUGGAGCGUUUCAAGGAGGCCGUGAGGAGCUUUGGACUGGUUGUGAGCUGGGCUCCUCAGGUAGACAUCCUCCGCCACCCUUCCACCGCUGGAUUUCUCAGUCACUGCGGCUGGAACUCCAUCCUCGAGAGCGUAGCAUCCGCGGUGUCCAUGCUUUGCUGGCCGUGCGUCGCGGAGCAGAAUCUAAACUGCAAGUUGAUAGUGGAGGACUGGAAGAUCGGUCUCAAGUUCUCGUGCGUGACCAUGCCGGAUCCUCCCGAGGUGAUGGCGAGGGACGAGUUUGUGGAGGUGGUGGAGCGAUUCAUGGGAACUGACAGUGAGCAUUUGAGGAUUAACGUGAAGAAGCUGAGCGAGGAGGCUCGUAGAGCAGUGUCUAGAGGUGGCUCCUCGUAUGAAAACCUGCAGAGAUUUGCUCAAGCAGUGAAAAUUUCCUAA